AUUGAAUUCUUGCGUAAGAAUGAUGAGAUCGUCGAAUCAGAGUCUAAUGACUUCAUUCAAAGUCUGGAAUCAUUUCAACAGGAGUUGAGUCAGAUUGCUUCCAUAUUUGACUCCAACAGCAGCAACAAAAACCUCAGUCACUCUGCAAGAACCUUGGAGGCUUCAGAGACGGGUGAUUCGAGAUCGUUGGAUUUGGAAGAAAUAUUAAAGUCAGUAGCAAGUAAAUACGCGACAACAAAGGUGGUAGUAAAUCCCGAAAUUACUCAAAAGAUGCAAGCUGCUGAAACGGAGGCCAUCGCCAAAUACCUGAGGCAACUUGAUUUUCACAAAAGGUUAUCAGAAGAGAGCGCAGCCCUCAAAGCAUAUGCUAAGCCUGCGACUCCAGCAGCGGCCUUUUGUUCCAUCGUUCAACAGGCUCCUCUUACUGACAGGAAGAGGCAACCACUCGAGGGAAAUCCGGACUACAAAAGGAUAGGACUGGAUGUCGUGGAAAUCGCUGCUGAACUGAAAGGGAUGCAGGAAGAAAUAAUGGAUAUGUUAACAAAUCAUGACCGUUUGAUUGAAAGCGGACGAGAGAGGCUGCAAAAGCGGGUGAAAGAACGCAGAAUGGCUGCUAUGGUUGCGAGAGAGGAUGCAGAUAAAAACCAAGCUAAAGCCAUUCUAUCCAGACAAGAUGUAGUGGAAUGCAAGUAG